AUGAAGCUCCUCGUAGCAUCAUUCUGGUUCUUCUCGUGCGACCUUCAAUAUGUCAAGGCGAGGGUGAGUGGGUUCGGUCCUGUGAACGGAGAUCCCAACGGCCGAUUCUAUUAUCAACAGAAGGCUUAUGUUGAGGCCAUCUCUGUACCGAAGGCUUGGGGCAUUCUGGACUCUCCGAAGAGAACACACGUAACCAUCGCCGUCGUAGACUGUGGAAUCGAGGCGAGUAAUCCCGAUUUGAAGGGCGUCGUCAUCGAGGGCUACAACGUCGUUGAUGAUAAUAAUAAUACCAGCCCUCGUGGAUCACAAUGUGAUCAUCACAUGGUACCAACAUCGCUGGCAUCAUUGGCGUAUACUGCCCAUACUUACGAGAGAUUCGAGUUAGUUGCGACUCUCCGAUCCACCACUUAG